UUCAAUCGAAAAAAAUUCAAAAAAUAAUUUAAAUAAACAACAAACACAAGACGGGGCUGAUUCUGGAAUUGGUUCAGAUUCUCCUAAAGUAGCAGUAUCUCAAUCAAUUUUGUUAAACGGAUUACAACAACAAAUAGUUGAGGAAAAUAAUGAAAAAGAACAACAACAAAGUGAUCAGGAAUUUAAUAAAAUAACCAAUAUGCCACCUCCAGUCCCACCAAAAUCAUCUUCUGUUUAUAAACAUUCCCCUCUAACUGUUAAUGAUGGAAAAGAUGUAAAUCAGGAAUUAAAUAAUCAAAAUCAACAUUAUUCCCCCAAAAAACAUUCUGAAAUUAUGAAUGGAGAGGGGGAAGAAGAAAAUGACCCAAUGAGAAGCGCUUUUGAGGAUUCUACAAUUGGGAGAGACCAUUCUGUUCUUCCUCCGGGUGCACGUUCUUCAAGUAGAAGACGUUCUCCACAUGCAUCUAUUGAAAAAGGUAGAAUUGCAAAUUUAAAAAAAUUAAAUAAGGGGAAAGCAGGCUAG